AUGGCUAUGUCGCGAGACUCCGCCUUAGAGCUUUCGUCCGGUCGUCGCCUACCUUCUCUUUGCUAUGUCACAUCCGUACCUACUACGUCUGUCGAAACCCAUUUGCCCUGGCAAAGGGAGUGGCUCGUCUUUGGUCGCCAGAUCAUCGAUGGUCUCCGUCGCUCUUUCCCGACCCAGAAGUUCAGUCAGGCCAGCCCUCAGCCUGACGGCGACCGUGUGAAACUGACGAUUCGAUGCUCGGAUCCGGAGCAGAUCCGGCCGCACCUUGAGCAAAAUAACGCCCAGCUACCGUACGGACCGUACAACAUACAAUUAGAUUGGGUUGGGCCAGUGGCGGAGCCACAAAGGCAGCCGUACCAGUCCCAACAGCGUGAGGAGGAGCAGCACCAGGACCAGCACCACCAGCCGUCUCUGCGGCAGAGCCAUGGGAGUCCCGAUCAAUCGUCGCCGGCUGCUCAUCGUGGCCCGCACCUCUCGCAGGUCCAUGGCAAAUCUUCUCCACAGGCUGCUUCUCAAACACCGCACCAGCAGCAUCCGCUACCUUCACGAAUUCUUGCCCGAUCUCUACCAGCCUCCCAGGAUGCUCUCCGUACCUUCGGCCAUGACGCUCUCCUUCUCAAGAUAGCGAAUGAAGUCAACCUCAUCAAGCUCCAGCACAUAGAGCACGUCGAGGGGCUUCGAACGUUAUAG